AUGGAUCAAGAUCCAGAUCUCACUUAUCCUCUCUCCCUGUAUCCAGGUUCAAGGGACACUCAUUCGAAUCUUGUAUCUCCUGGUCAUGAGGAUGAUUAUGUUCCGCAAGAACAGGAAUUGACCGGGUCCUCGCAUCUUCACGAAAUUCCAUUGUACAACUCGACAGUCAACACUACAUCUCUAAAGCCUCCUCAAGUUUAUCGAACUGUUGAGCAAUACCCAGAGACGGACUCCAGCAAAUCUCUUCUGAAUCAUGCGGAUGGCCUCCAUCCAAGUAAUUCUAGAAUCUCCGUUCCACGCUCUAGAGAUACGCAAGACACAAUAUCUCAAGGAUGGCUACAGCGACAAACAAUUGGUGCCAGUCGGCUUCGACGGUAUCCAACCCGCAAAAUCAACUUGAUUCGUGGUACAGUCUUGAGCGUGGAAUAUCCAGUUCCCAGCGCGAUCCAAAACGCAAUCGAGCCGCAGUAUUUAAAUGACUCAGGAAGUUCACCGGAAGAAUUUACUCAUCUUCGUUGUCAGUCUUAUAUAGAGGAUCGAGAUACGGCCGCAACUUGCGAUCCUGAUGAAUUUACUCUUAACAAAGGCUACAAUCUCCGAGCGGCUAUGUAUAAUCGGUAUACCGAGCUCCUGAUAGCCAUUACCUAUUACAACGAAGACAAAGUGCUUACCGCUCGGACACUACACGGGGUCAUGCAAAAUGUUCGCGACAUCGUCAAUCUGAAGAAGACUCAGUUCUGGAAUAAGGGGGGUCCUGCAUGGCAAAAGAUUGUCGUAUGUUUGGUUUUUGAUGGGAUCGGCCCAUGUGAUAAAGACACAUUGGACGUUUUGGCUACUGUGGGCAUCUACCAGGAUGGAAUAAUGAAGGGAGAUAUUGAUGGCAGGGGGACAGUGGCCCAUAUCUUUGAGUAUACAACACAGCUGUCUGUCACUCCAUCACAAGAGCUUAUCCGACCGCACAUGGGCGAUGAGUCUAUCCAUAAUCUAUCGCCCGUCCAAAUGAUAUUUUGCUUGAAACAGCAGAACAGCAAAAAGAUCAAUUCACAUCGAUGGCUAUUCAACGCUUUCGGUCGGAUCCUAAAUCCAGAAGUGUGUAUUCUCAUCGACGCAGGGACCAAACCAGGCCACAAAUCCCUGCUUGCUUUAUGGGAGGCUUUCUAUAACGAUAAGCAUCUUGGGGGCGCAUGUGGAGAGAUCCAUGCACUCCUUGGCCGGCGAUGGGAAAAGGUCCUCAAUCCUAUCGUUGCGGCGCAAAACUUCGAGUACAAGAUUUCAAACAUCCUGGAUAAGCCUUUGGAAAGCGUUUUUGGCUAUGUGAGUGUUCUGCCUGGCGCCUUCUCGGCGUAUCGUUAUCGGGCUAUCAUGGGCCGGCCGCUAGAGCAAUAUUUCCAUGGUGAUCAUACACUGUCUGCGAGGCUAGGUCGGAAGGGUAUCGAGGGUAUGAAUAUUUUUAAGAAGAAUAUGUUUCUUGCGGAAGACCGGAUUCUAUGCUUCGAGCUUGUUGCGAAAGCCGGAUUUAGCUGGCACUUGACCUAUGUGAAGGCUUCAAAGGGGGAGACCGACGUACCGGAAGGCAAGUACCUUCCCUCAAACACACAGGAUCUACAAAAGUGGUCACAAUUCCCUAAGACUGUUAUGGUUGCAUGUGCAGCUUACCUACAAUCUCCUCCAGCUCGUGAUGACUUGGUUCUCUCUUGUUCGACAAACAAAUAUCACGGCUGGCCCUUCGGUAAUGAGGUGACUCCAAUUUUCAACAAUGUAGUCAAAGCCACAUAUCUAGCUGUCCUCAUCCAGCAAUAUGUACUGGCACUAGGCAAUCGACCAAAGGGAUCGAAAUUUGCAUACUUGUUAGCACUGGUAUAUUUUGCCCUGGUGCAGCUAUACAUUUUGACUCUGUCAUUUUAUCUUGUUGCACAAGCUUUCUCCGGUGGAAGCUUGAGCCUCGACAUCAGCAAUGGGGUGGGUGGCUUUCUGAAUUCGCUCUUCGCUUCAACAAGUGGCCUGGUUCUGAUCGCCUUGGUCUCAACAUAUGGUAUCUAUAUCUUUGCGAGCAUCCUCUACGCUGAUCCGUGGCAUAUUUUCACAUCUUCGUGGGCCUACUUCCUCGGUAUGCCCUCUUCAAUCAAUGUGCUGAUGGUGUAUGCCUUCUGCAACUGGCACGAUGUAUCUUGGGGUACCAAAGGCUCCGAUCAAUUGUCCGCACUUCCCUCGGCACAGACUCAUAUCUCCUCUCGUCCCUCAAUUAGCAAUUUCGUCGAGGAGGCCGAUCAACCACAGGCGGAUAUAGAUACUGAAUUUGAAAAGACCGUCAAGCGCGCUUUAAAACCGUUCAAGCCUCCCGUCGAGCAGGAGAAGAUUGACUUGAGCGACUCUUACAAAACUUUCCGCACGAAUCUGGUCCUCAUAUGGAGUCUGUCAAAUGCCUUGUUGGUGCUUAUGAUUAACAACGCCUCCGUGCAUAACUUGUGCCUAACGUGUGAAUAG